CCGGGGCCGGGUUCGGUUGUGCCCGAGGUGGAGGUAGGAGCUUGAGACCGAGACGGAGGCGGCGGCGGCGAGCAGGGGAGCGAGCGAGGGAGCGAGCGAGCGCGACAUGUCCCGGGCGGCCGCGGCCCUGGCGGCGGGCGGAGCCGGGCGCUGCUGAGAGCUGAGCCCCUUGCGGCGGGAGGAGCCGGGCCGGGGCCGCCCGCGAUGCUGCUGGGCUCCGGAGCCGGGGCCGGGGCGGGGGCGGCGCUGCUGCUGCUGCCGCCGCCGUCGCCGCUGCUGCUGCUCUUGCCGCUGCUGACGACUGCGCUGCCCCCGCUGCCCCUGCUCCUGCUGGGCCUCGGCAGCGCCGUCCCCGGGGCGGCCGCGGGGCUCGGGCUGCCCGAGAGCGUCAUCUGGGCCAUCAACGCGGGCGGCGAGGCGCAUGUGGACGUGCACGGGAUCCACUUCCGCAAGGACCCUCUGGAGGGCCGGGUGGGCCGAGCCUCAGACUAUGGGAUGAAGCUGCCCAUCCUUCGUGCCAACCCUGAAGACCAGAUCCUCUAUCAGACAGAGCGCUACAAUGAGGAGACUUUUGGCUAUGAAGUGCCCAUCAAAGAGGAGGGGGACUAUGUACUGGUGUUGAAAUUUGCUGAGGUCUAUUUUGCACAAUCCCAGCAGAAGGUGUUUGAUGUACGCUUGAAUGGUCACGUGGUCGUGAAGGACUUGGACAUCUUUGACCGCGUUGGUCACAGCACAGCUCACGAUGAAAUCAUCCCCAUUAGCAUCAAAAAAGGAAAGCUGAGCGUCCAGGGGGAAGUGUCCACCUUCACUGGGAAGCUACACAUCGAGUUUGUCAAGGGGUACUAUGACAAUCCCAAAGUCUGUGCACUAUAUAUCAUGGCUGGGACCAUAGAUGAGGUGCCAAAGCUGCAGCCUCACCCAGGCCUGGAGAAAAAGGAGGAGGAAGAAGAAGAGGAAGAGUAUGAAGAAGGUUCCAACACCAAAAGGCAGUCCAAUAAGAACCGGGUCCAGUCGGGCCCCCGAACUCCCAACCCCUACGCCUCGGACAACAGCAGCCUCAUGUUUCCCAUCCUGGUGGCCUUUGGUGUCUUCAUUCCGACCCUCUUCUGCCUCUGUCGGCUGUGAGAACACAGGGCCAUCCUGAGGGUGGGGGAGAAGGGAGGAGGAACGAGACCAAACAUGGUUGGUUUUGGUUUCUUCAUGUUUUUCACAGUUUAUUAACACAAAAUUUUUGAAAGAGGCAGAAUGAGGAGAGAGCGGACUUGCCCAGCCCAGCUCAGUCGUGGCCUCAUUUCACUCCCCUCGCUUUCUUCAUGGCUGGCAUCCAGUGGCUGCCUUCCUCUCCAGGGUACUUGGGGUGAAAUCGGACCCUUCUUGUCAAAGGAUCUAGAGGCUGAUCCCUGGGGACUGGUCUGUGUCCCUUGGGAAAGGGCUUGGGCCCAGAGCACAAAUACUGUUCCUUUUUAAGAUGGAAUAUUAGGAGAACCAGAGAUAGGAAAUGGAUUACUUGAGAGAGACCAUUGUUGGAAAUGAGGCUCGGGUCUGAAGCCUUGUUCAGAAGGCCUGGCCUGAAGGAGGUUGGACAUAGGAUCCAGAGGGAGGGCAAGUCCUGGCCUGUGUUUGCAGGGAAGGUCUCAUGGAAGCCCCAUUGGCUGGUCUCCAAAUGAAAGUUCUGUCUUAAAAUGUGUGAACCACAAGAUGGGACUCCUUGACCAGUGAGGGGAGCUGGUCUGGGAACCAGAGCAGCAGCUUUACCUCUUGUCCUGAAACUGCCUUUUUGGCUUUUGUCACCACAAAAUACAUUUUUGCUUUUAGUGCCUGUUGGGGACUUGAUUUUGCUUUCUCUUUUCUCCCCCCUUUAUGCUACUCACUUGAAAUUUCUUUCCCUCUCAACCUCUUUCGUGGGUGAUCUCCUCGAGGAGACAGGAGCCUGGGGUCUUUUCUUCUGGUAUUCAUUGGAAUGGCCCUUUUGAAGACUCUUGGUGUCCACACAGGAUUUAGUUUGUCCAAAAGCCCCUCUGGACUUGGAAUUGAAGAUGGUUUGUGUUAUCCAGUAAAAUGAGCAUUGAGGGUGAGACCCUGGCCCUGCUCCAUGACUCCUACCUGGGAGGUCUCCCUGGUUUGGAAUUUUCCUCUUCUUCCUAGGAGCAGUGGCCCCUGGUCUCUGUGUGGGUUUUCCUCCCUAGAUUACGAGGGCUAUUUGGCACUCGCUACCUACUGCAGGAGUGUGUGUCAUGUGGUUCUGUACCCAAGGGCUAGGACUGUUCAACCAAUUACUUCCUGAUAAUUGACCUAGAACUGCCCCCAAGAUACUUAACUGCCUGGCUGUACCUUUUGAUCUGACCCGGGCCUUUGUUGCAGAGUCACUGGGGCUUCUGAGGGAUCUCUCCCCUCCUGCUCUGCCCCCUGCCCUGCCUGACAGCAAUAAUUUGGCCAUCCUAGGGGGUAGGGGCUGGAAGCGUUCCAGUGCACUGGAGUCCUGGCAACCACUUAGUCCAUCUUUGUAUUCACCUGUGACUUCCUCUGUAGUAUUCCAGUCUCUGGGAAUUAAAAUACCUUUGUUGGAUUUCCCUCACCCCCUCGGUGAAGGUAGCCCAAGUUGGGGCUCAGUCAGGCUUGGGGAGGUUGGGGGAGGCACCUUAGAGCACCAGGCCCUGUCCCUCAGCAGGGUGAAAAUCCCAGCUUGGCUUCUUCAGGUUUUUUGUUCUCUUUAGAGCUAAAGAGCAAGUUUGUGACCGAGUCCCCCCGAGGACACCUUGCCAGCCAGAGUCACUUGCUUGGGCUCUGGAGCUGAGAUGGUGUCCCCAGCUGAUGGCACUAAGGAAGCAGAGAGUGGUCAGAGGCUCCAGUGGCAAGAUACUUGUGACUCUUUGUCUUUUAAUGGAACCUUUGACUCUGGUCACUUGAAUUGCCAUUUAAAGCCCUCCAGGAGUGGGCCAGACUCCAAUUGCCCUGUGCUAUCAGUUCCUCCCUGUGGGUCAGAGCUACCAACAACUUUGGGCUGCUUCUAAUUAGGAGAGAAAAUGUGGAGAGGAGGCCUGUAAACGUGCAUUUGGCCUUGUUUUGUUCAUUGAUCAGUAAGAUUUCCUUUCCUCCCCUCCAAGAGAGGGGAACCUUGACUCCUCGCCCUUUUUGCAGUGACCAGGAGCUUUAGCCAGCUGUCCUGGGUCCUGUGACCAUUUUAUAACGGUACCCCCCCAAGGAGCUUUCCUUCUGUCUUGGUUCCCAGGCUGGCCCUUUCUCCUCGAGCUGGGCAGGAGGAAAUUUUCCUUUAUAGCUGUGCUCAAAGGCAGGAACACCUUUCCAUGAUCUAACAAGCCUGAAGGGGAAGGAAGGGAACAGGAAACAAUGUGGGUGGGGAUGGGGGAAAGGAAUCCCCUUGGGCCUAACCCGUUCUCCAGGCAGGAGUUCCCUCUCUUUGCCCAGGCCUGGUUAUAGCCAGGCUAGAAUGCUUUCUCCUUCUCCAAAGCCAGUGGCCGGCUACACCCUAACAGACAUAGGUACAUGACUUUUUUGCUUAGGGGAUGGGGUCUCUUUAUUUUUAUUUUUGUAUUGUGUAUAUUAGAAAUUAUCGUUGGGCUCUUGCCUCCAGUUCUUGGCUCCCAUCUUAUACUUUGAGCCAGUGUUGGAACUGAGUGACAGCUCCCAGCUGUCCUGAGGUGCCAGUCCAGGAGAGGCCUGAGGCUGUCCAUCUCCUGGGGCCACAUUUUAUUCCUAAACUCCCCCCUUCUGGUCCCAUUGCCUCAGCCCACCCAAGGCAGGAGAACUUCCAGCCAGAAUUUGGCUCCUUGGGCUGGGCACUUCUGCUUGCCCUCUACCCCAGCAGAGUUGCUUCGCAGAGCUGAGCUGGGUCAUCUGGCUCUAAUGGGAUGGGUGGGGGUGGGGCAUGGGUGGAUGGCCCUGUGUGGGAGGGAGAGCAGAAGAGAUAUCAGUUCUGCUCUAGGCUUCAGGCAGGCUAAACUACAGCCCCUUGCCAGGGGAAUAUAUGUGGCACAUGUUUCCUUGAGCCAGUCAGGGCAGCUCCUUUAAAAAAAAAAAACUUCUUCCCAUGGUCCUGAUGUCAGGGGGAAAGCUGCAUUGUGGGAGUCCUGAUUUGACAUUCUGGUGGCUUGAAAGACAAUUGUCUUUGCUUGUUUUUCCCUAAAUUGCUAUUGGCCAUUGGGAUGGGUGUUGAAUGUCCAUAAUUAGUAAAUACCCUUCAGUUGAAGAAUCUCUGAUCCUGUUCUCUUGUCUCCAUCGGCUUAUCCAAGGGACACGGGGGCUUGUGUGAGGGGCUGCCGGGAGCUUGGCUUUGGUUUGGGGUCCUUGAUGCCAGACCCAACCAGUCUUGCAUUACCUUAUGCUCCCUGCUGUCCCUCUGGGUGACACCUGGGAGUUCUUGUCAGAUCUUUGAAUUUUCUUUUUUAAGUUUCAGUUUGAUAUCCGCUGUUUUUGGAGAAGCUUCUGUUUUAAGGAAUUUCUCCUUUCCUUCUCCCUUCAGUCCAUCACCUGGGAAGUCCUGGUGUCUCAAAAUCUCAGCCAAACUUCAGAAGCACUGGCAGUAUUUUCGAUUGCCCAGCUCUAUAUAAAUUUUCCUUAAAACCUACUCACCUUGGGGAGUCCAGGGAAGGAAUUAGCAGGUUUUCUGUCCUCCUUAGGAAAGAGGCAGAGUCGGUCCCUGGGGGACUGGGUAGGGUCCCAGUCAGCACAGUGCCUUUCUUACUCUCUUUUCUCUCUAACUGUCUCUUGGACCUUUUUUGGUUUUGUUUUUAAACCAGUUUUGAGCCUUGGUAGAUGCUUUCUAGAUUCAGGUCUGGGCCAGGGGCUAUCCCUUCCUGCAUGCCCCUACCACACCCUGUUCCCCUGCAAUAAAAAGGUCUGUUUGAUGUCUAAAAGAUGUCCAGUUGAAUCAUGAUGCCUUGGUGCCUGAGUGGCUUAAGUAGCCAUGCUGCCAUCUUUGGCUUUCCUUUGCUAAGAUCCAGAGAGACUCAGGAAGGAAAACUUUGAAGUGUGAAAAGACAUCCUGAUUCUUCGGUGAAGAUCCAAUGGGAGUAGCGCCCCCCUUCCUGGAAAGCCAGCUAAAAGGGAGGUGAGGCCCUGUUGGCCUACUGAGGCCACAUUGACCCUGCCUGGGAGCUGGUUGGAAUAUGAAAAAUGGAGAUUUUCCAUCCUCCUAUGGAAGGAUGUGAAUAAGAAUCAGGAGAGAGUCAUUUAUCCUUCCUUGUCAGCCCGGGGUGGGCUUCUCCCUGGAUGGAUUGUUAAAUCCACUCAGCCUUCUCUGGGAAGGGAGGACCGCACCUGAAGCUCUCUUUUAUAAUGGGCUGGAAAGUUUUAUCAGUGGGGUGAGGGGUGUGGCUGUACCCCCUUCUAUGACUUGGCUACCUUCCCAUGAUCUGCCAGUUGUCCUUUAGCCAGGUUUAAUGGCCAAGCUGGAUUGGAGCUGGGGAACCUGAGGGCAGCUGAGUUGGCAGAAGUGGCUUGGAUGGAUUUUACACUUCUGGUCCUUCACUGGUGGCAGAGGUGAUGGUAAGGGGCUGUCCUCAGGGGUCCUUCUCCCAUGUGUCUUGUGAGAGAGAGGGACGCAUGCCAGCAUCUUACACCACCUUUACAAGAUCUGGGGGUGACUGUCCUUUGAGGUUUCAUGCUCAACAAGCUGCCCAGGCAUUAGCAGCCUGGGAUGGGGAGAUGGUGCACGUGAAUAGACCGGGUUGGCUGGUGGGGGUCUGUGGUGCCAAGGUAAAAUCAGUGUGGAGGGAGCCGUGGGUCCCUCUUCCUUCCCACUCCUGCUUUUCCCUGGUGUGCUUGUGAUCUGGGGAAUGAAAAGAGAUUGGACCCUGGAUCCAUUGCUUCCUUUGUAGGCUUAGGGCUUUUGUCACUCUUGGCCCCCCCACCCUGAGUUUGUCCUGAAGUCAGACAGGAGUGGUUUUUUCCCAGCUUGAGCUAAAGGCUGACUUCAUCUGCAGUUCUUGGCCUGGCCUGUUUAGGAAAUGGAGCGCUGGUUCCCUGGAGCUGGCUGGAGCUAAGUCCCCAUAGAAGUGUCAAGGUCUCAGAAGCCUUUGUCAUUCCCUUUGGACCUCCAGGCUACACCCCUCCCCCAGCUGGGCCCUACCAGAUUGGGAGUUUGCAGCCCCAAUUUGGACACAGCAAGCAGCACAAUAGGAUGGGAUGGGGGUUUACAAACCCUCCUGGAUUGUCUGGGGAGUGGGGGUAAGGGUUCUUUUCCUUCUGAGUUGUUUCCAUCUGUCCUGACUUUCUUUCCUUCCCCUGCCCCCAAAUCAGGAUGUUUUUCACUGUCCAUUGCUUUGUGUUUUAAUAAACAAUUUGCAGUGAUACUUUGUGUUGGGAUUGAAUUUGGGCCUGGCCAGGGAUGGGGGGGAGGGGAAGAGCCUCAAGAGCUGACCUAGCUAGCUGCUAGCUCCUGUAGCUUGGCAAAUCAGGCUUCAGUUUUGGAGGCACCUGGGUGUUUUGAACAGGCUAGGGAUCUUCAUGGAGCUUUCUCUCUCUUUCUCUCUUUAAAAUUUUUCUUUCCAGGACGUUUGGUUGAGGAAAUAUUCUGUAAUACUCUGCCUGGCAGUUUUAACCAGCAGUGUGUUCAAGAAAAAUAAACCAAGAUAUAUUGUCA